AUGACUACGCGGACUCUGAAGAGCCUGCCAAAUGGAGCGGGACUCUCCGGUAAACGGCAAUCAUUUGAAAAACGGCGACUCGCGUACCUCCUCUCGAUCUCCUCUUCCUCCGAAAAAAGGAGUCCUCCCCCCAACUCCGAUGCAUCCGACACAAUGAAGGAAAAUAUCGGCGAGAUCGUCCUUAAGCAGGAACCGGGCCAACCGCCCAAGCUGUCACGCAGCUCGUCGCAGAAGGUCGCGUCGCGACCUCCGCCGCUGUACACGCACCUGCCGGAUAGCACCCAAGAUGCGCUCGCCACCUUUGAACAGAUCCCCGGCUGUAUCUACGCCAACAAAUACAUGGGCUACACCGAACAUGCCAUGGAAUGUGAUUGCGCUGAAGAGUGGGACCCGAAGAUUGGUCGAAAUAUCGCAUGUGGCGAGGAUUCAGACUGUAUCAACCGCGCGACCAAGAUCGAGUGUGCGGGCGAAUGCGGUUGUGGCCCCGACUGUCAAAACCAGCGGUUUCAAAAAAAGACAAAUCUCGACCCGGGCGAAUUGAUUUACGAAUAUGUUGGUGAGGUCGUGGGAGAGCAGCAAUUUCGAAAGCGCAUGCGACAGUAUGAUGAGGAGGGCAUCAAGCACUUCUACUUUAUGUCCUUGAACAAGGGCGAGUUUGUCGAUGCGACCAAGCGAGGCAACCUGGGACGAUUCUGCAAUCACUCGUGCAAUCCCAACUGCUAUGUUGACAAAUGGGUCGUGGGCGAGAAGCUACGUAUGGGAAUUUUCGCUGAACGCGCCGUUCAGGCCGGCGAGGAGCUGGUUUUCAACUACAAUGUUGACCGAUACGGUGCCGACCCCCAGCCCUGCUAUUGUGGGGAGCCGAUGUGCACAGGAUUCAUCGGCGGACGCACUCAGACGGAGCGUGCGACCAAGCUAUCGAAUGCAACUAUCGAGGCUCUCGGCAUUGAUGAGGCCGAUGGCUGGGAUACUGUGGUGGCGAAGCGCCCAAAGAAGAAGAAGAUGGAAGAGGACGACGAGGAGUAUGUGGACAGCGUACAGCCCAAGUCGCUGGAUGAGGAUGGUGUGACCAAGGUCAUGGCGGCUCUUGUGCAGUGCCAGGAGAAGUGGAUCGCGGUCAAACUGCUAGGUCGUAUCCAGCGCUGUGACGAUGAACGCGUUCGCAAUCGCGUGGUCAGGAUGCACGGAUACCAGAUCCUGAACUCCCAGCUCGCUCAAUGGAAGGAAGACCAGAACGUGGUUUUGCAGAUCCUGAACAUCCUCGACGGCUUCCCGCGACUCACCCGGAACAAGAUCCAGGACUCCAAGAUUGAGACGAAUAUUCGGCCGUUGACGACCUGCGAUGAUGAGCGCGUCGCGAAGAAAGCAGUCGCCCUUCUCGAGAGCUGGGCUGGUCUGGAAGUCGCAUACCGAAUCCCGCGCAUGAAACGCGGCAAGGACGCGAAGCAAGCAAUCAACCAGUUCGAGCGCCGCGAAACUGGACAGGAGCAGCGCCAGCGAUCUCUUACCCGCUCUCCAUCUCCCGUGUACGAUGCUCCUCGUGGGCCAGCGCCGCAACGGAGAGACCGAGGUCCUCAGCGGUCCAGACAACCCAACCGUCGUGGUCCCCGGCCCUUGCCUGAGGGAUGGUAUACUGCGGAGGCGGAGGGCCGCGUUUACUACUACUCUGCAUCAGGCAAAACAACAUGGGAACGGCCAACUUUGCCUGCUACUCCUGCUACUCCUGCGCCGGGUCAACCCGCCAAAAACCAACAAAAUUUGGCAUUGCAGAGUAUCAUUGACGGGAUCAUGAACACCCAGGAAGACACACCUUCCGAGAACCGAACUGCUACACCCGUGACUCCUCAGCCUUCCGCCGAUCAACCGGAAAGAAGACAUAAAGAUGGAGAGAAAUGGAGGAAGCUUCCAUUGGAGAAACAGAAGAGAAUCUACGAGAACACCCUUUUCCCGCUUAUCAAGCCGGUGGUGGAUCAGUACAAACACAAGAUCCCUGACCAUCAUUUGAAACGAUUUGCUAAGGAGACUGCGAAGAAGCUCGUUGAAAGCGAUUACAAAAAUAAUCGCGUCAAGGAUCCCACUGCGAAGAUCUCCACGAAGCACCAGCAAACCGUCAAAAAUUACUGCAAGACCUUCUUCCGCAAGGCCGCCGCCAAAUACGUGGAUCGCGAGAAACUCGAGGCCGAGAAGUCACAGGACGCUACCCCGAACCCCGGAAGCGAAGUUCACAGCACGGGUGACGAUGAAGCCAUUGCUGGUGCAUCUGCGAGUUCUCCCUGGAAGACGAUGACGCCGCAUCGCUCAAACAUGGAGCCUCCUCUCCGUCUAAGCGACAGAAAUCUACACCUCCACCGCCUCCUCCUCCGCCCCCCUCCAGCGGAUCUUCCUCAAGAUGAUGCCGACGGUGAUACCAGCAUGGGAAACACUGGGAAUGACUCUCCACAUCGGAAAGACGACUCCGGCGUUGGAGUUGACGUCAACACGGAGAUAGAAGCGGAGAAUAACCCACAAACGGAGCAUCCUCAAAUCAGUGUCGAGGGACAAGUAUAA